AAAAGAUUCUUGGGGUAGAACAAGCCUCCAUUUUGCAGCGGAAUUUGGGCAAGAACAUAUUGUCAAGUAUCUUGUUGAAUCAUGCAAUCAUGAUAUUAAUGUAGAGGAUAAGUAUGGCAAUACUCCACUGUAUAUGGCAUGUAUUUAUAAUCACUUACCAGUAGUAGAGUAUUUAACAGGACAACCAAACUGUAACAUUAAUAGUAAUAAUGAGAGACACCCUCUACUAGCAGCAGCAGAUAAAGAACAUUUAGAAAUAGUGAAGCAUCUCAUUGAAUCUACUGACUGUGGUAUUAAUGCUAAAGGGAGGGAUGGCUUAACUCCAUUACAUGUGGCAUGUUUUAAGAAUAAUAUUGAAACUGUUCAAUUUCUUACCAGUUCUCCUGAAUGCAAUAUAGAAGCUGAAGAUAAUGAUCAAAAUAGACCACUUCAUUUAGCAUGUGAAUCAGGGAAUGUAGACAUUGUACAUCAUCUUGUGAUUGAUAAGCACUGUGAUGUUAAUGCUAAAAGGAGGGAUGGCUUAACUCCAUUACAUUUAGCAUGUUUUAAGAAUAAUAUUGAAACUGUUCAAUUUCUUACCAGUUCUCCUGAAUGCAAUAUAGAAGCUGAAAGUGAUCUUCAAAGUAGACCACUCCAUUUAGCAUGUCAGUCAGGGAAUGUAGACAUUGUACGUCAUCUUGUGAUUGAUAAACACUGUGAUGUUAAUGCCAAAGGGAGAAAUGGCUUAACUCCAUUACAUUUGGCAUGUUUAAAUCGUAAUUUUGAAACUGUUCAAUUUCUUACCAGUUCUCCUGAAUGCAAUAUAGAAGCUGAAAGUGAUCUUCAAAAUAGACCACUCCAUUUAGCAUGUCAGUCAGGGAAUGUAGACAUUGUACGUCAUCUUGUGAUUGAUAAACACUGUGAUGUUAAUGCCAAAGGGAGAAAUGGCUUAACUCCAUUACAUUUGGCAUGUUUAAAUCGUAAUUUUGAAACUGUUCAAUUUCUUACCAGUUCUCCUGAAUGCAAUAUAGAAGCUGAAAGUGAUCUUCAAAGUAGACCACUUCAUUUAGCAUGUGAAUCAGGGAAUGUAGACAUUGUACAUCAUCUUGUGAUUGAUAAGCACUGUGAUGUUAAUGCUAAGCGGAAGGAUGGCUUAACUCCAUUACAUUUAGCAUGUGAAAAAGGUCAUUUUGAAAUUGUUAAAAUUUUGACUAAUCAUCCACAAUGUAAUACUGAAGCUGAAGACAAUUAUCUUAAUGACAGACCACUACACAAAGCAUGUGAAUCAGGAAAUGUAGACAUUGUACAUCAUCUUGUGAUUGAUAAACAUUGUGACGUUAAUGCUAAAAGG